AUGAAUACUUUAUCUAUUCGUGAUCUCUGCUGUUUAUUUUGUUGUCCUCCGUGUCCUUCACGAAUUGCUGCAAAAUUAGCAUUUCUUCCCCCUGAACCAACCUACACAUUAGUUGCAAGCAAUCUGUCGACAUCUCCGACAGAUGUAAAUGGUACUCAACAUUAUCCACAACAACAAUCAUCCACUAGCGAUGCUACGACAAAAUAUACCAUAAAUUUUACUGAUCGUGCCGAAUGGCAACAUUCAAAUACUGAAAUGUCCCUGUUAGAACCUUAUUAUGUAACUACAUCUCGAAAUAAUCGUAUUGCUUGUUUAUACAUUAAAUGUGUAUCAAAUCCAAAAUACUAUAUCUUAUUUAGUCAUGGAAAUGCUGUUGAUCUUGGUCAAAUGUCUAGUUUUUUUAUUGUAUUAGGUAAACGUUUGAAUUGUAAUAUUUUAAGUUAUGAUUAUUCUGGAUAUGGAGUAUCUCAAGGAAAAGCAUCAGAAAAAAAUAUGUAUUGCGAUAUUGAAGCAGCAUAUCAAUCAUUAAAACAACGUUAUCAUUUGCAUGAAUCACAAAUAAUAUUAUAUGGACAAUCUAUUGGUACCGUGCCUGUAGUCGAUUUAGCAUCAAGACAUGGAGAUUGUUGUUCAGCAGUUAUUUUACAUUCACCACUUACCUCUGGCAUGCGUGUGGCAUUUCCUGAUACAAAACGAACGUGGUGUUGUGAUGCAUUUUCAUCGAUAGAUAAAAUUCAUCGCAUUAGAUCCAUUGUGCUAAUUAUUCAUGGAACGGAAGAUGAUGUUAUUGAUGUUUCUCAUGGUUUUGCGUUAUACAACAAGCUUCAAAAUUCAAUAGAACCAUUAUGGGUUGAAGGUGGUGGUCACAAUGAUAUUGAAGCGCAUGGUCAGUACGUUGAGAGAUUAUUAAAACUCAUAGAUGAAGAGGUGCCACAAUUAUUAAAUCAACAACAAGUAUCUGCUUCAAAGCCACAUCAACAAACAGCACAAAUACAAUUAGCAUCAACAUUAAUCAUACCGACAACUGUUACUCCCUCAACUACCAAUACAAAUCAUCAUUCACCAUCUACAACGACAACAAACACAAACUCAAAUACCAUUUAA